AUGUCCUUCCUCACUGCUAUUCGCCGCACCUCCACCCCGCGCCCCACCUCCGCAUCCUCCAAGCGUGCCGCUCGUAUCUCAUCCAUCUCAUCCUCCCCGGUCUUCAUCGCAUCUCCGGAGCCUUCCCUCACAAUCCCGCAGGCUCUGCAGCUGGACCAACGGCUCGACGAGCUCGACGUCCAGCUGGACAAGCACGAAGACGAGGUCGCCUCGCAGCUCGGUGUAUACGAAGACCGGCUCGACGAGUUCGACGCGAGGCUUCGCGCCAUCGACCCCCAGAACUCUGCCGCGCGGCUGGACAACCACGCCGCGCAGCACGAUAGUCACAUCGCGCGGCUCGCGAAGCUUGAGACAGCGCUCGACACGAUGAACCAGUAUGUCGAGAUGCUCGAGGAGAAGAACGCGACGCGCGCCCUCAAGCUCUCGCACCAGUGUGACGAGCGCGAGGAGCGCUUCGAGAGCAGCCUGCAUACCCUCCAGGAGCAGGUUACUCAGCUCUCUGGUAUACUCGAGGAGCUUUGCAAGGCUGCGAAGCGCGACGAGAAUCAUCGCAGGGAGUGGGAGAGUAAGCAGAUGGAGCAGCAGCGCUCUCGGGAACGGGAGCGCGACCAGGAGAACGCGUCGGUGAUCGGCGGCGGGCUUUCGAUGCCCAGGAUUCGGGCGAGGGUGACGGCUGGCAUUGCUACCACUGCGGGAGUCAAGUACCCGCAGGCGUUUAGAUCGCCAUCUGUCCUUGCCGUGAACAACGGCUCUGCGGUCGGCGCGCCGGUCAACCGGCCGACGGUCGUCAGCAACCCGAAAGUCUGCCCCUCGUCGAUUAUCUCGCCGAGCAACGUUCGCAGGGCUCUUGCCACUCAUGUGAGCCCUCGCGAACGUUCUAGGACCUCCAUCGCUUCAGGGCGUCGUAUUCCGCGUGCAAGCCGCUUGCCUAGAGCUGGUCGAGACCCCUCAGGGCGUACGCAUGAUGCCGACGCUAGCGUCUCACACCGCGUCCGCGUCUGGUCGUCCCACAACGACGUUUGUGCGUUUCUCCGCUGCCGCUCAACUCUCACCGCGAGCCCAGUCGGAGAACGCCACGCCGCUCGACCAGACCGGACGUGCACAGUCAGUCUGCGCGCGCCGGACGGACGAAUCCCACCGACGUCAAUCGACGCAGCAGUCCCUGCCUGCCAAGCUUACCAGGUAUUGGCAGCACAGGCUCUGCGCCCGCCGUCGUCGUUCGCUCCGCGCGUCGCCUCAGACUCGGACUCAAACUCAAGACAAGACAAGACAAGACAAGACGCUUUUAUGAAUGAUGGCGGAAAUCCCGAGGUGCCGCUGGACGCGGCGCGAUUCGGGUGUGGAACGGGCAUGGACGGUGUUCUGUGUGCCGUUGCUUUUGUGACUGAUCUGUGUUGCUUUGAAGUCACUUUUUCUCCUUUCUCCUUUUCCUUUUCCUUUUCCUUAUUUCUGUUUCCUUGCUCUCGGACUUGUUCUUUCUCGGACUCGAACCCUAGACUCAGACUCAGACUCGGACUUGGACACGGACACGGACACGGACCUGGACAUUGAUCAUGUUGCUUGAAACUCAUGUAUACCUAGACUUAUAGACGAUGCGGUGGUCUACCGACUCGCAGAGAUCACUUUCUCUGCUUGUUCGUUUGACGCUGCAUCACCCUCUUAAUAUGUCUUGCUCCUCAGCUGUAAUGUUGUAUGUUGCCAUGGCUAAUGCGCUUUGGCGCUAACCUAAUAACAGAUGUACCUG